UUCGGUAGCUCUGACGUGUCGCUCGGGGCUACCCCCAGUAGUUAGUGCGCAGCCGGAGCGGCAACAUGUUGGACUUCUUCACUAUCUUUAGUAAGGGCGGUAUUGUGCUCUGGUGCUUCCAGGGGGUGCGCGGCUCCUUCACCGGCCCUGUCAAUGCACUUAUUCGCUCCGUCAUCCUGCAGGAGAAAGGGGGGAAUAAUUACUUUGCACAUGACUCCCUCAGCCUGAAAUAUAAGCUGGACAACCAGUUUGAGCUGGUUUUUGUGGUUGGAUACCAAAAGAUUUUAACUCUGACGUAUGUGGAUAAACUGAUAGACGAUGUUCACAGAGAGUUUCGAGAUAAAUAUCGCAAUCAAAUACAACAGAAUGGAGUUCUGGGGCUACUCAAUGGGUCCUUUGAUUUCCAUAAUGACUUCUCGGACCUUCUUAGGGUGGCGGAGGAGAGCAGUAGAGCUCGCCCUCCCCCAGCCAUGAAAACAUUUGAACAGUCCCAGAAGUCCCAGAAGACCGUUAAGUCCAUGAUAGAGAAGCCAGCGGACAAGGGGAAGGAAAAUAACAAGAAAAACAAGGCCUCAAAGAAAGAAGUACAAGAUGUUGCUGCCCCGAACAAAGCUGCUCCAGUGACAAAACCGAGCACCCCCGCUGCUGCUGCUGGGGAUAAAGAAGAACUCACUUCUGAGGAGAUCAUGCAACGUAAGAGAGAAGAGUUCUUCCAGAAGAGAAUGAAAGGAUCCAACAAGCCCAACAAAUCUCCAAAACCAGAGGCUCAAAAAGAGAAGGGAAAACAGCCUCGUGUUUGGGUGGCAGGAGCCUCCAACACCAAAGAAUUGGAUUACAGUAAAGCAACUACUAAUGGCAGCCCAGAAGAACCUGCCGUGCCUGACGAGGACCUUGCAGCUCUGAGGUCCCGUAGCGGAUGGAUGCAGGGAAACCCUCCUGAUGUAGAGUGUGAGAGCAGUAGUGAGGAGGAGGAAGAGGAGGAGGAGGAGGAAUUGCCUGCGGUGAAAACUAAAGCUGCACCUGUCCCAGUGAAGUCAAGCACUAAGAAGAGCGGCUUUGGGGGCAUGUUUGGAAUGCUAAAGGGCCUGGUGGGCGCCAAAAGCUUAACACUGGAUGACAUGGAGCCCAUCCUAGAGAAGAUGAAAGAUCAUCUAAUCGCAAAGAAUGUAGCAGCCGACAUUGCUGUUCAGCUUUGUGAUUCAGUGGCCAAGAAACUUGAAGGAAAAGUAAUGGGAACCUUCAGCACUGUGACUUCGGCGGUAAAGCAGGCUUUGCAAGAGUCCCUGGUACAAAUCCUGCAGCCCAAGCGUCGCGUGGACGUCUUACGUGAUGUGAUGGAGGCACAACGCCUACAUCGGCCUUACGUGAUCACUUUCUGUGGUGUCAAUGGUGUAGGGAAGUCUACUAACCUCGCAAAGAUUUCCUUCUGGCUGAUUGAGAAUGGUUUUAGUGUGCUUAUAGCUGCUUGUGACACAUUCCGUGCUGGAGCAGUAGAGCAGCUGCGUACUCAUACGCGCCGUCUCAACUCUCUGCACCCUCCUGAGGAGCACAAGGGAUGCACCAUGGUCCAGCUUUAUGAGAAGGGCUAUGGCAAGGACGCAGCUGGUAUUGCAAUGGAAGCUAUAUCUUACGCCCGGAACCAGGCGUUUGAUGUGGUUUUGGUGGACACAGCUGGCCGCAUGCAGGACAACGCUCCCCUGAUGACCGCACUGGCAAAACUAAUCGCUGUGAAUGUGCCUGACCUGGUGCUGUUUGUUGGGGAGGCCUUGGUUGGCAACGAGGCUGUAGAUCAGCUGGUAAAAUUUAACAAAGCUCUGGCUGAUCACUCUUUGGCAGAGAAACCACGUCUUAUUGAUGGCAUCGUCCUAACCAAAUUUGACACCAUUGACGACAAGGUCGGAGCUGCCAUCUCCAUGACUUAUAUAACUGGCCAGCCCAUAGUGUUUGUGGGUACAGGACAGACCUACAGUGACCUGCGCAGCCUCAAUGCCAAAGCCGUGGUGGCUGCUCUAAUGAAAGCUUAAAUCCUAACAUUUGCUUUGCCGUUAUUUUGAGAAAAUGCUGGAGAUGUUGCCAGUAAAUCUUUCUAGCAUAUGAAGGAGCGUGAUGCAGUUUGUGUUCUCAUCCAUUCUGAUAUUGUUUGUUCCAACUGGCAUUUUACGGCUCAGCUAAUGAAAAUCAGACAUUUAGGAUUUGCUGAGCAGCUUUGCUCAUAGGUCUGCUCCCCCCCCCC